CAGGCGCGGGCAGCGCCCGCCGCCUUCCGCCUUCGGCCGGGCCGCGUGAGGGAGCAGGAGGGGGUGAAGGAUGGACUCCCUGGACCACAUGCUUACGGACCCCCUGGAGCUGGAGGGCAAUGGCAGUAGGAUCAUGGAGGACUGUAUGCUGGGCACCACCAGGGUCAGUCUGCCUGAGGACCUGCUGGAGGACCCUGAGAUCUUCUUUGACGUUGUCAGCUUGUCCACGUGGCAGGAGGUCCUGACAGAUGCGCAGCAAGAGCACCUAAAAAAAUUCCUGCCUCACUUCCCUGAGAACAACCGGGAGCAUCAGAACAAACUCAUCUUGGCACUGUUUGGGGGGCAGAACUUUCGGUUUGGGAACCCGCUGCACAUUGCCCAGAAACUCUUCCGGGAUGGACACUUCAACCCCGAGGUGGUGAAGUACCGACAGCUGUGCUACAAGUCGCAGUACAAGCGUUACCUGCGGGCGCAGCAGCAGUAUUUCUACAGGCUGCUCAAGCAGAUCCUCACCUCCCGCAAUCACUUGCUGGAAUUAGCCAGGAAAGGAGGCCCUGACAUGACCCUGAGGAGAAGGCACUUCCCACCGACGUAUGACUCGGAAGAACGAGACAGACGGACACAUCAGCGCUACCUGAAAAUCUUGAGGGAAGUGAAAGAGGAGUGUGGAGACACUGCCUUGUCUUCUGAUGAAGAAGAACUAAUCUCUUGGCCUCCAAGUUCUCCAGCACGUUGUUCAAGUCCACCAGUUCCCCUGAGAGUGAUCCCCACAUUGUCAACCUUGGACAUGAAAACAGCAGACAAGAUAGAACUUGGGGAAAGUGAUUUGAAGAUGAUGUUGAAGAAGCACCAUGAGAAACGAAAACGUCAGCCUGAUCACCCUGAUCUGGUCACGACAGACCUGACUCUGGAGGACAUCAUGACUCGAGUGAAUGCUGGCAGGAAAGGCUCCUUAGCAGCCUUGUACGACCUCGCGACUCUCAAGAAAAAGGUGAAGGAAAAGGAGGAUAAGAAGAAAAAGAAGGUGAAGGUUAUUAAAUCUGAGGGGGAAGACUUGGCUGACUCUUUUGGCAAUGCAGAUGGAAUCCCACCGAUGCCUCAGGAUCUUUCCCCCAUCCCUCUGUCAUCUGUCAAAGAGGAACCUCUUGAAGACAUGAAACCAUGCCUUGAAAUAAAUGAAAUAUCAUCCAGCUUCUUUUUCCUUCUUUUGGAGAUACUGUUUCUGGAAGGACCUGCUACUCUCUCGGUGCUUGAAGAUAAAGUUCUCGACUGGCAAUCUUCUCAUGCCAGUGCACUAAAUAACUGGUUCUCAUUUGCCCCUAACUGGUCUGAACUGGUUUUACCUGCCUUGCAGUACUUGGCAGGUGACAGCAGAGAUGCUCCUUUUGUUGAAUUCAAGGAAAAAACUCAGCAGUGGAAAUUGGUUGGUACAUACCAAGAUCAUGAGAAGGAAUUGGCAGCACUCUUUCACCUCUGGUUGGAGACUAAAGACCAGACUUUCUUCAAAGAAAAUGAAGACAGCUCUGAUGCCAUGCCACUGCCCAGAGUAAGGACUGACUAUGUAGUCCGGCCUAGCACUGGAGAGGAGAAACGGGUGUUUCAGGAGCAGGAGCGUUACCGUUACAGCCAACCCCACAAAGCCUUCACCUUCCGCAUGCAUGGCUUUGAGUCAGUUGUUGGUCCUGUGAAGGGGGUGUUUGACAAGGAAACCUCCUUAAACAAAGCUCGAGAACAUUCUCUCCUGCGCUCAGACAGACCAGCAUAUGUCACCAUCCUGUCCCUUGUUCGUGAUGCUGCUGCUCGCCUUCCUAAUGGAGAAGGAACUCGUGCUGAAAUCUGUGAGCUGCUCAAAGAUUCCCAGUUCCUAGCUCCAGAUGUCACCAGUGCUCAGGUUAACACUGUUGUCAGUGGUGCUUUGGAUCGACUGCAUUAUGAGAAAGAUCCCUGUGUGAAAUACGACAUUGGGCGCAAGUUGUGGAUCUACCUGCACCGAGACAGGAGUGAGGAAGAGUUUGAACGGAUCCAUCAUGCUCAAGCUGCUGCAGCAAAGGCCAAGAAAGCUCUUCAGAAGCCAAAACCUCCAGCUAAAAUGGUAGAUUUCUUUGCUCAGAAGUCGAGCAGCAAGGAGAGUGCUGUGAAAGCCCUUCCCAGCAGCACAGCAGAGCCCAGCCAGCUGAGCCUCAGUGACUCCAGCAUGCCACCAACUCCCGUGACCCCUGUGACACCAACUGCACCAGCAUUGCCACCAACACCCAUUUCACCCCCUCCAGUGUCUGCAGUCAGCAAGAGUGUAUCCAGUGCUGGGGCAGAGCCAGCAAAACCCAGCCAGAGUGUCCUUCUGGUAUCGUCCCCCACCAUGCCACAGCUGGGCACGUUGCUCUCCACAGCUCAGAGCUCUCAGGCACAACCGGGGCCGGCACCGCCCGCCCCACGCGUGGUGGGUCACGGAGGCUCCUCGGGGCUGCCACAGGUGCGGGUGGUCACUGCCCAGUCCAGCCUCCCAGCAGUGUCCCAGCAGGCCCCAGUGGUGACUCAGCAGCAGCAGCAGCAGCCCACGUCAGUGCCUCAAAUCCGCGUUCCAGCUACAGCCACACAAACCAAAGUGCUCCCUCAGGCUGUGAUGACUCUGCCAGUAAAAGCUCAGAGCAGCCCUGUGCAGGUGCAGAGAGCAGGAGGCUCUGUGGCAGGACAGGCAGGUCUCACUGUGACAGGGCUGCCUGCAGCCCCCAGUCCUGCUGUAAAGCCAGUGACCAGCUCCCCGGGCAGUUCUGCUGCCAGCACCUCCUCCACCACUGUCAUCCAGAAUGUGGCUGGCCAGAACAUCAUCAAGCAGGUGGCUAUUACAGGACAACUUGGCAUGAAGGCCCAGGCUGGCGGUGGCAUCCCGCUCACAGCGACCAACUUCCGCAUCCAGGGGAAGGACGUGCUGCGCCUGCCCCCGUCCUCCAUCACCACGGAUGCCAAGGGGCAGACGGUGCUGCGCAUCACCCCGGACAUGAUGGCCACCCUGGCCAAGUCCCAGGUCACUACUGUCAAACUCACCCAGGACCUCUUCACAGCAGCAGCGGGGAGCAGUGCUGGUGGGAAAGGCAUCUCUGCCACUUUGCACGUGACAUCCAACCCUGUGCAGACUGCUGACUCUCCAGCCAAGACCAGCACGGCCACUCCUGCCUCCUCCAGCCCAGCUGGGAGCACGGUGGUUAAAGUGACUCCUGACCUAAAGACUGCAGAGCCAGCAAGCUCUGCUUUCCGCCUGAUGCCUGCCCUGGGCAUGGCUGUGGCAGAGCAGAAGGGCAAAGCCAUAACCACGGUGGCAUCCACAGAGGCCAAGCCGGCUGCCACAAUAAGGAUCGUGCAGGGGCUGGGGGUGAUGCCCCCCAAGGCUGGGCAGACCAUCACUGUAGCUACUCACGCCAAGUCCUCAUCCUCAGCAGUAAGCGUUGCUGGCACAGCCCACACCUCAGCUGUGUCCCUGCCCACUGUGAGUGCCACAGUGUCCAAGGCAGUGGCAGUGGCCUCGGGAGCUGCAGGGACCCCCAUCACCCUCGGCACAGGAGCCACGGCCGUGCGGCAGGUCCCUGUCAGCACCACUGUGGUGUCCACGUCCCAGGCAGGUAAACUGCCAGCCCGGAUAACGGUGCCUCUGUCGGUGAUCAGCCAGCCAGUGAAAGGCAAGAGUGUGGUGACUGCCCCCAUCAUCAAGGGCAACCUCGGAGCCAACAUCAGUGGGUUAGGUAGAAAUAUCAUCCUGACUACAAUGCCAGCAGGGACUAAACUGAUCGCUGGGAACAAGCCUGUGAGUUUUCUGACUGCACAGCAACUACAGCAGCUGCAGCAGCAAGGCCAGGCCACACAGGUGCGAAUUCAAACAGUUCCAGCCUCCCAUCUCCAGCAGGGAACAGUCUCUGGCUCUACUAAAGCAGUUUCCACUGUGGUUGUGACAACAGCUCCGUCUCCAAAGCAGACCCAGGAUCAGCUGUGAACACUGGUCUGAACAUGAAUCACUUUCUGAGAACCUCCCCGAGCCCGUUGUCCUCCAUCCAUCCAACCACAGUCAUGGAUAGGGAUUGGACUGGGCUCUCUGUCCCGUGCUUGUCUGGGCUCAGCACUGGGACGUCUGGGUAGAAAUUCCACAGAAAAAGAUGCUGUACCUGCAAUUCAGUCCAGAUGUGUAAAGCCAGAUUCUGUGGCAUGAAGAAAUGUCUUCCUGAUCUUUGUUCCCAUCCAAAGGGCUUUUGGCCAAUACUUUUUCUGUGCAUUUGGGUUGUAGACAAAUCAGUUGCCUCUGGUCUUCCUUAAGCAGGGAAACUCACUUGGGAGGGGUGAUUCAGUGGCUUCUCAAAGCCAUGGAGAAGAUGCCUCCUUUUGCUGGAGUCUGGCUGUCUCUGCUGUUAUCAAGUGACUUACGGUGGCUUGGACAUCAGAGUUUGUAACAUUACCUGGACGUAGAUCCCUGACACGUUCAGUGUCCUAUUUAUAGACCUUUAAAUCCCUCUCCCCUCUCUCUGACCUCAGACUCCUGAACAGCUCCCACAUCCACAUCAGGUUUCUGUCCAAGGCAGGAUGAGAGUCAAGAUGGUUUUUGCUGUAACAAAGUGAGUGACCAUGGUGGGGAGAGGGAAAGGAGGAGGAGGCUGUUGUGUGAACAAGUCUGCCAGCAAAUGGGAAUGUAGCAGAAAGGAAUGUUCACCAGAAAGAUCCUCUUUUCCUCAACAAAUAAACCCAGUGGAAGCAAACUGCAGUUUAUUUUAAAAGUUUGGAAUAUGUUUUCAAAUACACCUAAACUGUUGUCUCUUGGAUUCUGAAGAAAUACUUUAACCGGUGACCCCCACCUUUAGUUUUGUUUUUACCCUUCCAAUUUUAUCUUUGUAAAUUUGUUUGAAUUUUGCACAUAACAGAGAUGAAUUUGUGACUGUUCUGACAUGACCUUGAAGAUGUGUUGGACCAGGAGAAGAAUAAAAAUGUAGAAAGCCUCACAGA